AUGAUAUAAUAAAGUAGAUAUUUUUUAAAACCAUUAAAAUUUAUUAGGAAUCGUGAGCGAUUUUAAAAAUAGAUAAUAUUAUACAUCUUCAUCUUCAAGAUAAUAUACAUCAGGUAAAUGAUAAUGUUAGAAGUAAAACUUAAGAAAAAGUAGAAUAGAUAAUUAAUCGUGAGACACCAAAAGUUUAGGUGAAAUAAGUUUUUUAUAUUAUGUUAGACAAGAACAGUAGAAGUAGAAUAGAGAAAUAUAUAAUAAUAUCCAAGAAUGCAAUCUUAAUAAAUAUUGAAGACUUAGACCUAAGGUUUUGUAGGUGGUUAAAGUUAUGUUUCUAAUUUUGGAGGAAUAUUUUAGAUUGGAUAUUAAGGGAAUUAUUAGGUUUAAUAAAAUUGUGUAGCAACCUGAUAAUU